GAUAUUUUUUAUGAAAACUGGUUUGAUUCACAAUUUCCAGUCAAAUGUAUAACACAAAUUAUUAUGAUUGAAGAUGUAUUAAAACUAGAAAAAGCGCAACUAGUAUUGACGUGUCGAUUUCAAGAUAUGGCGAAUGAUAUUAAUAACAGGGGUUUACGCGAAAAAGUGUACUGCAAAAAAUCAGUAGUACGAAAUGUAUUGUGCAACCAUUUUACAAAACAUAUCGUUCUACAACUGUAUAAGAACGUAGUAACAGAUUUGUACAAUAUAUUAGAUUUUAAACGUUCAAGAAUUAUGAAGUGUCUGAAAAUUGCCAAGGAUGGAGUAUGUUUCAGUUUUUCUGAGACAGACAAAAUUACUGAUGAAUUUGUUGACAAAGAUAUUUUACAAAUGUGGUUGGAAAAAAGUACACAGUAGAUGUUUAAUUAAAUAUUUUAGAUAUAGAACAUUUAUAUAGUUAUA